GGCCCAUGCGUCCGCCCGUAUCGUCCCCUUUCCUUCCCACCCCCCCUCCGAUCUCCAUCAACCGGAGCCGCCGUGCUUCCUCCUUCCGCCUGCACACGCUUCGACCCCGGCGGCCGCUUGCGGCGCGUCGCCACCUACCUCGCCCUUCGUUCCGCUGCUCAGGUCCCCGCUCCCCAGUCCAGCACAGGGAGGGGGGCAAUGGAAGGACCAUCUGAUUCUGACGGCCAAGUGAUCCCGUCCACCGCAGGAGACCCUCACCUCAACAGCUCGGCCGCGCCCACGGACGCCGCCGGCAGCGGCUCGCAGCACGUGGCGACGCUCCGGAAGCUGCUGUUCCGGAGGAUGCUGGUCGGGGUGAACGACGGCCGCUACUUCCUGGGGCUGUUCCACUGCGUCGACAAGCAGGGGAACAUAAUCCUGCAGGACGCGGUGGAGUACCGCAGCGCGCGCCGCUCCUCCCCGUCGGCGCCCAAGGAGGAGCGGUGCCUCGGGCUCAUCCUGAUCCCGGCGUCCUGCCGCUCCUCCUGCCAUGUCGACUGCUUCAUCGAAGAGCAGAUGGCCCUGCUGUCCCUGUGCAAGUGAAGGAUGCUUCUGAAUUUUCUUUCUUCUUCUGGUUUCUCAAGCUGUGUAACUUGGAUGAAUCUGUGCUUGGAGAGUGGAGACCUUUCUGUGACUGUUAUUUGUAAUCGGUUCUGCCAUAUUGGACUUGCCCUGCAUAUUUUUUGUUAUUUCAGCUAGUACAAGCUUGUAUUCAUAUUUCAGUUCCAUGGGAAAAAGUGCCACCCCUUAAAUCUUCAUCAAUCA